GGCUGCGUCCCUGCCUUKCCUCRGACAGGAAAACAGCAGCUCUCAGGAAAGAGUUAAUCCCAGCCAGGCUUUGGGAUCCUUCACUGGGGAGAGGGCUGAUCUUUUGUUUGUUUUGAAGCUGCUGGCAGGAAAGCGGGGAGGAGAAAAUUACCUAAGUGAUAGCGAGUUUGCCACGAACUCUAUAAAAAAGCGGGGAAAAUCAAAGCGGAGAGAAACUCCACCUCGCAGUCCUGGAGCACAAGCACAACCCCUGAAGAGAAACCCACCCCAGCAGAGAGUGAUCUCAAAAGUUUGAACUCCAACCAAGCUGYAUGAGCUCAGAGCUGCUGCAGGACUCGGAGCCUGGGAGCUGCYGUGGRAACAGGGAAUGCUGUUUUUGGGAUUUUGCACAGCCAUGAAGUGGAAGCAGCUCCUCUGUGUCGUUGUCUCCGUGGUGGAGCUGGCUGGCUGCGCUGCUGGGAGCCCGACAGAGACCCCCACCCCAACAGCCACGGGUGGGGACACCACGAGUGGCACAGCCAGCGGAGAGACUGAUGUCACCACAGCCAGCAGGGACAUCAGCAGUGCCACAGCAACAUCUGCCGCCGCGGGCUCCGUGGCCACCAGCCCCAGCUCUCCGGGGCCCGGGGGACAGCUGAGAACGACCCCCCAGCCCAACCCAGCGCCCACAUCGCCGCCGGGCUCCUCUCCGCAGCCGCAGCCCCGCAGCCCGGGGGCACAGAGGAGCCACCAAAACUCAAAUGGGAAUGCACAAACCUCCACCAGCGUGGCUGAGGCAGAGAAUUGCUCAGUUUGGUCAGUUAAAUGUCUGUUUUUCCUUAAAAUUUUGCAGGAACACUUUUUAGCGAGGAAAGGGUCGGAUUUAUGGCGAGCGAUAUGUGAAAACAGAACCCACAGCGUGGAGUCCCCCUGCGAGAUCAAACUCACCCCAUCCAGCCUGGACAGGAACUGUUUGCUCCUCAUCCUCAAAGGAGAGAAAGAUCCUGACAAACUCCUGCACACGCUCCAGAGUUCUCCCUUGGAAAAGUUUGGAAUAGAAUCCCUAAAAAAGGAGAGCGCAGGGAGCCGCCGGGAGUCAUCACAGAAAACUCUGAUCGCCCUGGUCACAUCUGGGCUGCUGCUGGCGUUCCUGGGGCUGGCGGGAUAUUUCCUGAUGAAGCGGCGCAGUUGGAGCCCCGCAGGACAGAGGCUGGCUGAAGACCCYUAUUACACGGAGAGCCAGGGAAACGCCAUGCUGAUGACCCCUUCUCAGGAGCCGCCCGAGCUGCAGGAGAAGCCAAACCUUCCCAACCUGAACGGGGGCACCCAGGAGAACGGGACGGGCCAGGCAUCCUCCAAGAACGGGCACUCCAAAAACAGCCCCGCCGACAGCGAGAUGUGAGCGGCCACCGGGCGGCGAGGGACAGGGCAGGGAGCGCCGAGAUCGCUGUGGAAAUGCACCAAAUGUUGGUGGUGUUAUUCCUGUGAAAUUCAAAAUCAGCCUAAAGCACAGCGAGGGCCAGAGCUGCAGCUUCUCCUCCUCCUCUUCUUCCUCUUUUUCCUCCUCCUCCUCCCGCUGACCACACAAAGACACUUUUUUCUGCAGCUGUUCUCUGCUUUUGUUGUCGGAAGGAACAUCAGGACGAACGCAAAGUGCCCUUAGCCCUCGGCAGCUUUUCAGCAGAGGCAGAGUUUGGCCCCRAGCAGCCCAGGUUUCUGGUAGCAAUAUGUUAGGCUGAUUAAAGUAGCGAAAUUGGGAUUGCAGUGACAAAAGCCUCUCAGGUUUCAGAUAGUUUUGGUUAACAGAGUUGUUUAUAAUCUCAUCUUUAUGUUUAAGUGCAGGAUUUCUUCCUCUCCCAGGACCAUCAGGCAUUUAACCCCCUUCCUCUGCUUUMGGGCUCCUCUACUCUUUCCUACUCCAGCAGAAUUUGCUGAAGCUCUGUGUAAAAUCUUUCCACGUGAAAUUGGAGGCUGGAAUGCCGGAAUUUUUCUUUUUGAACCCUACCAGGACUGUCCUGAGUUGUUUUAGAGGAAAAACCUUGCCCAGCCCGCUCUUGCCCGGGGUUGGGGCUGUGACAGAGCCAGCAGUUCAUCC